ACAAAUUUGGAGUAAUCAGCGUUUAAGGGGUCAAGCCUGAAGAAGAAUGGUAAAAGGCUUGGAUUUGAUUUCUCUCUGGCUGCUUCGCAAAAGGAGAAUUUACCCAGCUUCUCCAUCCUUUCUCUUUAACUUCCUUGAAGAUCCCCGCGCACACCACGCGCGCCAUUUCCACACCCGCCAUUUCCCCUCUUUUACGUUUCAGCAGUGUCACCAUUAUUGCAUACUUUUUGACACACCUAUUUUGAUUUGUUCAAUGCUGUUGAGUCCAAUAUAUAUAUAGAUAUAAAGUCGGGAGCAAUUGUGAUAUCUGUGCUUGGUAGUUUGUGAAGAGCAAGAGCCGCAUAAGAGAGUGGGGAGAGAGAGAGAGCUUGGGAAGGCCCUGGUUUCGGAUUUGAGAUCCCAUGGAAACCAUAAUCGUAAGGUCCAUAAGCUUUAGAAGGAAAGAUGAAGAGAUGACCUUGAGGACAGUUAGCUUCAAGAAAGAAAGCCCAGAAACCAUGAACUGGUCAUGUGGGUCUGAUGAAAAGGUUAUGGGAAGGUCAAUAAGCUUCAAGAACUGGGAAUCUGAGGAGACAAAGAUUGAAACUAGUUUGGUUUCUGGCAAGGAGGGUUUGGGCUUUCUCUCUUUGAAGAGCGAACCCCGUGAGCAAAUGAACAAGUCAAAGCUCGAAAUUUUCCGUCCUGAGCCAGUGGUACUAUUUUCUCCACGGCCCAUUAGUGAGCUUGAUGCUGCUGCAACCAAGCUUCAGAAAGUUUACAAGAGUUACCGGACUCGGCGGAAUCUUGCAGACUGUGCAGUUGUCGUUGAGGAGCUCUGGUGGAAGGCCUUGGAUUUUGCGUCUCUAAAGCGAUGCUCAGUAUCAUUCUUCAACAUAGAGAAACCAGAGUCUGCCUUGUCACGGUGGGCUCGAGCAAGGACAAGGGCUGCGAAGGUUGGAAAGGGUUUGUCUAAGAAUGAGAAGGCUCAGAAACUCGCUCUACAACACUGGCUUGAAGCUAUUGAUCCACGCCAUCGGUAUGGUCACAAUUUACACUUCUACUAUGAUGUUUGGUCCGAUAGCAAAAGCACUCAACCUUUCUUCUACUGGUUGGACGUUGGCGACGGUAAAGAAUUAAAUCUUGAGGCUUGCUUAAGGAUGGAUCUACAGCGUCAAUGCAUUAUGUAUCUUGGACCAAAAGAGAGGGAAACAUAUGAAGUGAUUGUGGAGAGUGGAAAACUCAUUUAUAGGCAAAAUGGUAUACCCUUAAAUACAGUAGAGGGCAGUAAGUGGAUUUUUGUUUUAAGCACGUCGAGGGCUUUAUACGUGGGACAGAAGAAAAAGGGUGUUUUUCAGCACUCGAGUUUUCUAUCAGGAGGGGCUACCACAGCAGCUGGAAGAAUGGUUGCCUAUGACGGGGUUCUUGAGGCAAUAUGGCCGUAUAGCGGACACUACCUCCCGACUGAAGAGAACUUCAAAGAGUUGAUUAGUUUCCUUGAGGAGCACAAUGUAGAUUUAAGCAAUGUCAAGAGAUGUGCGAUAGAUGAUGAUUCCACUUCCUUCAAAAUUACUACUGAGGAUUCCAAGCCAGAAAUCGAUGAGUGUCUCCCUGCAGCCACAGUAUCAACAGAUACAGAAUCUCCUGAUGUUGGUUUGCCCAUGGACAGGACAUCCAUCACAACAGCUCCUCAAGAAGCAGAAGAUGGUGUAAGCACCAAUGGAGCCAACGAAGAAGCUCCAGUGUUCAGCUUGGCCAAGCGCUUGUCCUGCAAGUGGACCACUGGACUUGGGCCUCGGAUUGGGUGUGUCCGGGACUACCCAUCAGAGCUGCAAUUCCAAGCACUCGAGCAGGUCAAUCUAUCCCCGAAGCCCUCGCCUGGCCGCUCUGCGAGUCGUGUUCCAAUACCUUCGCCACGACCUAGCCCGAAGAUCCGGCUUUCGCCUAGACUUGCAUAUAUGGGACAUCCUAGCCCAAGGGUUCCCUUGGCUGCUGCAAACUAGUUCUUUAGGCAUUCACAACUGAGUGGCUUGGGACUUUUGGCAACUAAGGCACUUCCUCACGCAAAUACAGGUUUUUGUAGUUUUAGAUUUUAGUAGUGUAGAAGGGAAUAAUCACAUUCUUUAUUUUUUUUAAUUUAAUUUGUUUUUGCGCACGCAGAGGGCUAAAAUCAUACUCUGUUCCUGUCAAAAAUUUUUGACUUCUUUGUAUUGUGGCUGUUUAAUGUACCUUUUCCUAAGAUGUAAAAGACUAAAUAAUAUGUGCAGGUACAUGUUUUCUCAGUUUAGAAAAAAAAUAUAUAUUUGAAUGAUUUCAUC